CUCUCUGGCAUUUUCAUCAAAGGGAAACUUUAAAAGUUGCAUGCAUGUGGAUAUGGGACUGGUCACUGGGUGGAAGAAAGCGGCCAGAAUUUUUUACAUGAUUGGCUGGCCAUCCCCUCAGCGCCAAUUAUUUCUUUGCGUUCCUUUCUUUAAGCAAUCACCACCCAUGAAAUCUCCUCAAACCGAUCUCCCAAGCGGUGCCAUUAUCGAAUCAGACUCUCCGGAGCCAGCACUGCUGGAGGUUUCGUGCUUGACCCCAGAGAAAGACUAUCGCGAACAGUCGUGGAAGAACGGCCUCGGCCAAACGUCAGAAAUCGCGAUCUAUCCCAAGCAGAAGAACUUCAUUCAAGACACCUUCUUCUGGCGCUUCAGCGUAAGCACCAUCCAAGCAAAUUGUAACUUUUCACUUUUCCCAGGCUAUGAAUGUACUACCAUCGUGUUACCUAAUGGAAGUGAGCAAAAAUCAACUCUACUGCUGAAUCAUAGAGGAGAAGAGGUGUCCACAAACAUCAAACAAUUAUUUCCUUAUACGUGGAGUGGCGAAUGGUCAACCUCUUGUAAAGUCACCAACCCGCCUGUGCAUAACCUGCAAUUCCUGAUCAACCGCGAAUUGGGUAAGGCUCAAUUUCAUGUUGAAAAGAUCGGUCAACCUGUUUCAACCGAGAAUGGCGAAACUGGACGAAAGAUGAUUUUGGGCUCCUUUGCCUUGGUGUACGUUGUCGAUGGCCAUGUUCGUAUUGGUAUCGAUGAAAACCAUGCUCAGGGACAUGCAAGAGUUCUUUCCAAAGGUCAUACUUUGUAUAUUGAACGCGACGAAGAAGCCAGCCCAACCAACUUGAUGAUUCAAGCAUCGGACGAGAAAGGUGGUGUUGGAAAUCAUGAUUUGGAUGCAACUGUUGCUGUCAUCAUGAUCACCGAGAACAAGCGCCAGGGUGCACCAUCUACUGUGUCAGAUUAUAUUGCGAGCACCAUCGCCAAACCAGUUGGUCCCCUCACAGUUGAUCCUACCUCAGCCCCUGCUCAGACACCGCAAGCGUCUGCACCUCAACAAUCACCUCCUGCAGAUGUUAACGCACCAAGUCAGAGGAGGGUUCCUCGAAGAAAAGGAUCGCUUGUGGUAUACGAUGACCAACCUCUGUGGAACCUUCCACCCGACCUUGCUCAAAAGCUUGCAUCUAAGGAAGCUGUAGCAUCAUCCAAUGCUUUUCCCGUUACGACCGAGAUUGGAGGAGAACUAGCACAAUUACGUUCUACAGGAAACAAUGCAGCAGCAGAGAAGACACUGCAGGAAAUCCGCAAAGAUAGCAUUGGCGGAACUACUCCAGCCCGUAAAUGGGAGUCUGCUCAGGCGUAUGAGCCACCUACGUUCGAAACGCAGGACACCGAAGUUCCCCCGCCGGUUGUUCGUGAUCGUCUGGUAAUUGAAGACUUCCCUGUAAGAACCAUUAGCACUGCAUGGAUCAAAAUGAUACGUCAAGGUUUGAGCGAAUGGCUUAGACUCCCCGUGAUCGUUUGCAGAGGUACAGAAGAAGGUCCCGUUGUCGGUAUCACUGCAGCGGUUCAUGGAAACGAACUAAACGGUGUCCCUUGUAUCCAUCGUGUUGUGUCUGACAUUGAUAUCCACAAACUGACUGGAACUGUCGUUGCUGUCCCUUGUGUCAACGUUACCGGAUACCUCAAAUUUACCCGUGAAUUUGCUGACGGAAAGGAUCUCAACCGCUAUUUCCCUGGCAAGGAAGAUGGUUUUGCGUCUCAAGUCUAUGCAUACCAACUGAUGCAAAAAAUCAUCUCUCAGUUCAACUACUUGAUUGAUCUCCAUACCGCAAGUUUCGGUAGAGUCAACUCUUACUAUGUUCGAUCUGAUAUGAACGAUCCUAUCAGCGCUGUCAUGGCUCACCUUCAACAGCCACAAGUUAUCUUGCAUAACUCUGGACAGGAUGGUACACUCAGAUCAGCCGCUGCUUCAAGAGGUAUCAAGGCAAUUACUGUAGAAAUCGGUAAUCCCCAAUUGUUCCAAAAUCAGUAUGUGCAAUGGUCGUACAUGGGUGUCAUGCGUAUAUUAGAUCAUCUGGAAAUGUUCAAGAUGGAUAAUGCUUAUAACGACGAACUUGACCCACCCCCACCUACCACUGUACUCUGCUCCAAGGGAUUCUGGAUCUACACUAGAACAGGUGGUGUCCUCGAGGUCUAUCCCGGUGUCAACAACACCGUCAAGAAGGGCGAUUUGAUUGCUCGCAUCAAAAACAUUUUCGGCAAUGUCGUGGAUGAAUACUUUGCUCCAUGUGCUGGCAUUACGAUCGGUAGAAGCUCCAACCCAGUCGCCAUGGCGGGUGACCGCAUCAUCCAUCUCGGCGUCAUUAAGAAGAAGGGUGAAAUGUUGCCUAAGGAAGCAAAGGAAAACUACUAAGAAAGUGUAGGUAUAUUACAAAAAAAUGGACCCAAUUUCAUUAUAAACCCACCACCAAGAAAGAUAAAAUCAAAUAAAUGAGAAAGUAAAAUUUGUGUUUCAUUGUGAUCAUUUCGCUUUUAUUACUGCUGCUGCUUCCCUUGUUUCGCUGCUAUGAAUGUCUAGAGUAGAUUCAUGUUGAUGCAAAAGCUUAGGAUGACACGUGUAUAGUCUUUACAGCGAUUGCGUGUGAGACGCUUGGUCUGAAUAGCGUUCUUUAUGUAUAAAAGAAAUAACGAAAUGAACCUAUCCGGGAUACUAUAUUACAUGGUUCUUGGGCCACCGAGGAUGUCUCUGAGAUUACCCUGAGCAUCAUUGGCGCUUCGCUCCCAAUACUUUUGAGUCUUUUCCAAAGCCUUGAUUUCAUCAUCUGCUGUACCGACGCGCUUCACAAAUGAUUCUUUCAUCUCUGGUAAUGGUGUUUGUAUGAACCU